CAUCCCUUGGAGAAAUGGACAGAACACUAUACGCGGCUGUUACGCGCGGGAAUGUGGAUGCUCUCGCCAAGUUGAUAGAUGAAAAACAUGAGACGAUCGGGAUGCUGCCCCUCCAAAUGGAACCUGAUCAUGCCCCUGUUCACAUUCUCAACCAGUUAACGCCCAGAAGGAAUACACCCCUUCACUUGGCAGCCUAUUAUGGCCAUCUCCAAAUCGUUGAGAUGUUGUUGAAAGUUAUCUGUGAUGACAUAGAGGCAGGGAAUGAAGAAAGCCGCCAAUUUAUUGUAGCCCAGAAUUUACAAGGCGAAACUGCUCUGCAUGAAGCUGUCAAGGGAGGACACCUCCAAAUAGUCCAUGUUUUGUUACAGAAAAGCUCUGAGUUGGGUGAAAUUAGGAAUAAUGCCGGUGAAACUGCUCUGUUCAAAGCUGCCGAGGAAGGUCAUAAGGAUAUUGUUGAGAAAUUAUUCCCUCUAAUAUCUCCCAACUACGACAGAAGAGCUCGAGAUGAACGCACACCUCUCCAUGCUGCUGUCUCCUGCGAGCACAAAGGUUUUUGCGGAAACACCAUGUCUUGCACGGCAGUCGGUGAGAGAGUCUUGGAAAAACCGCGUCUUACACGUUAUAAGAAGGUUGCACCCAGAGAUAUACAUGCACUACAGUUUUCAUCCCUUGGAGAAAUGGACAGAACACUAUACGCGGCUGUUACACGCGGGAAUGUGGAUGCUCUCGCCAAGUUGAUAGAUGAAAAACAUGAGACGAUCGGGAUGCUGCCCCUCCAAAUGGAACCUGAUCAUGCCCCUCUUCACAUUCUCAACCAGUUAACGCCCAGAAGGAAUACACCCCUUCACUUGGCAGCCUAUUAUGGCCAUCUCCAAAUCGUUGUAAUGUUGUUGAAAGUUAUCUGUGAUGACAUAGAGGCAGGGAAUGAAGAAAGCCGCCAAUUUAUUGUAGCCCAGAAUUUACAAGGCGAAACUGCUCUGCAUGAAGCUGUCAAGGGAGGACACCUCCAAAUAGUCCAUGUUUUGUUACAGAAAAGCUCUGAAUUGGGUGAAAUUAGGAAUAAUGCCGGUGAAACUGCUCUGUUCAAAGCUGCCGAGGAAGGUCAUAAGGAUAUUGUUGAGAAAUUAUUCCCUCUAAUAUCUCCCAACUACGACAGAAGAGCUCGAGAUGAACGCACACCUCUCCAUGCUGCUGUCUCCUGCGAGCACAAAGAUGUUGUUGAGUAUCUAGUAGAUCAAAAGCCGGAGCUCCUUAAGCAAGCUGAUAAUAUCGGCUGGACACCACUCCACAUAGUUGCAUAUGUUAAAAAUGCACCAGAGAUUGCGAGGAUACUGUUGAAUAAAGAUGCUUCGUUGUGUUAUAUGGUGGAUAGGAAUCGUCAGACAGCGCUUCACAUAGCAGUGAUUGAGGGCAAUGUGAAAUUAGUGAAAGAAAUAUUAAUUUACAGUCAAGAUUGCUUAGAAAUUGUUGAUAAAGAUGGGAGAAAUGCUUUCCACUUGGUGGCUGAGAAUGCAGUGCAAAUAUUCAACAAAAUUUCGAGGAGUAUCAAAACUUUAGUGCUGCUAUUACUUAUCUCUAAAAAAUAUGUCAUCAACGAUCUUGAUAAUAACGGCAAAACACCGUUAGACAUAGUGUUGGAGAAAAUGAGCAUCGACGAACGCCUUUUUUCUGGUAUGAAAAGACUGUUAAAAAAGAAUGGUGCACGGAGGACUCCAAAUAUGAUGAACAAUGAAACAUUAGAGAGAUCAUCAGCUACUCAAAAGUCACCAGAGAAGAGUCAAAUUGUCUUGGUAAAUGCUGUUUUGAUUGCCACAGUUGCUUUUCAAGCUGUAUUGACUUUGCCAGAUAAAGAUCACCAGACAACAACGUUCUUGGUUUUUGUUCUAUUUAAUGCGUUGGCAUUCUGCAGUUCAAUAGCAACAGCAGUUGUGCUGAUUUAUGCAAUUUAUGGCAAACAAGAAGACUCCCUCCUUGUGAAGACCUCCGUAAGAGGAUUAUGGAUAGCAUUGGUAGGGCUAAUCGCAGCAUUUGUUGCAGCCAUUUACAUUUUCGUGGAAUCCAAGUAUGGAUGGGUGAAAGACGUUGUGUUCGGGAUGGCAGUCGGCGUUCCCAUAGCCAUCGUGUUUAUGGUUCUUCGUUCCAAAAACUACAUCUUCAGUGAAGACAAGAUGGAAUCCCGAUCCUUCAUCAUAGUUUUCGUCUUCUCAUUUUCACUUUUAACAUUAGUUUCGUAUCUGUCUCAUGGUAAGCUGAUAUCAGCAAUCUGGACUACGCUAUUAUCUGUUUAUUUUUUGCUUUGUUUGGUGUAUGUAAGUUUUAGUAAGAAAACCGAGAGUGUAGGGACCGUUUCCGUAGAUCAUGGCGUAAUUCAUAAUGUUUUCUAUAAGGUUUGGGGUAAAACUAUCUGUACUGUUUUAUUCCUUGAAACUGCUGUAUUGUGGAUAUUGUAUGCUGUAUGAGAAGACUACUUUUAUGUAGUAUUUUUCUCUAAGUUUGUAGUAAAAUUAUAUGCACGGUUUUAUUC